AUGGCACCAGCCACGCAGCCAUUUGUCCCCAAACAAUUGGCACCACGUGCCCCAGAAGUUCUGAGCGAACUCUGUCAUCCAGCAACUUGCAACAUUGCAGAUGUUUUCCUCAAGAACAUCACGAGCGACCAAGAGAAGUCAUCAGCCUUCUCAUCUUGGGUUGUGCAUGACAAUGCGUGUGGCUACGGUGAAGUCACUCGCGCAUUGCUGAACGUUGCCUCGGCCAUUCCAGUUGACAGCAUUGAAGUUGUUGGGACCGACAAUAACGAAGCCAUGGUCAAAGGUUUCCAGGAGAAGCUGAGAGACCAUCCAGCUCUGGGCCAGAACGUCAAGAUCUCAGCGGAGGUCCAGGACGCUGUAUCCCUCAAAUUUCCCGACAACCACUUUACGCACUCUUUCACCAACUUCCUGAUCAACUCUGGUCCUAUGCCGGACCAGAAUGGACAGAUCUUGAGCGAGAUCUGGCGCACUCUUCGACCAGGUGGCAUAGCUGUGAUCACGAAUUGGAAUCGAAUCAGCUUCGCUGACGCAAUAACGGAUGUGCAUAACGCCACCAGAGCAGACGAUGGUGGUCAACUUCUGAUGGGAAUGGGCGGAGACAUGUUGAAGCCGGAGUUUUUGCUAUCGUUGGUCAAGGGAGUAGGUUUCCAGAGACGCAAGAUGACAGUUCUGUCCCAGGAAGUAGUAGCGCUUGCACCUUGGACAGACGAGAAGGCCAGGACUCGAUACCUGGGGCUGAUGUGGAGCAUCCUCGGCGGCACCACCACUGGCUGGUCGAAACAAGACGAGGAACGCUGGGACACAGCGUUGAAGGCGCUGGAGGACAAGCUCUCUGGAUCCGGAUCGGACGGAGUGGUUAUGAAUGACCAAGGACAGCUUCGCUUGCCCUUAGAAUCGACGAUCGUGAUUGCACGGAAGUAG